GUGACUGCAGCCCAUGGAUUGUGUCACUUGCUUGGCUACCAGCACAACACAAAGGCGGAAUGGCAACAGAUGUACCAGAAGGAAGAGGAAAUCCUGGAGGAGCUGAACCGGCUCACAGGCAGCAGCCUCCGGCCCCUCACUUCUGGCCUCUUCUGAGAGAAGGGCUGAGCCGCCACCAGGCCACCCCGGACAUGGCAGUGCACCACCCUGGCCUCCUCAUGCUACUGCUGCUGGGUCUGGCCACCCUGGCCUUUCCACCACACGCUGCUGCCCAGUCGCUGCCCGCUGCUCUCCGUGCUGGCCAUGCUGCCACCUCGCUGCCCACUGCCGCUGCCGCACCACGCACUCGAUACCUUCUGUAUGAUGUAAAUCCUCCUGAAGGAUUCAACCUUCGCAGAGAUGUCUACAUUCGUAUUGCUUCACUUAUGAAGACUUUACUGAAAAGUGAAAAUUGGGUGUUAGUUCUGCCACCCUGGGGACGUCUCUAUCACUGGCAGAGCCCUGACAUCCUUCAGGUCCGAAUCCCUUGGUCUGAAUUCUUUGAUCUCCCAAGCCUUAAUAGGAACAUCCCUGUGAUUGAAUAUGAGCAGUUCCUUGCAGAAUCAGGAGGGCCCUUUAUUGAGCAGAUUUAUGUCCUGCAAGGCUAUGAGGAAGGAUGGAAAGAAGGAACAUGGGAAGAAAAAAUAGAUGAGAGGCCUUGCACUGAUCAGCUUAUGUAUUCCAAAGACAAGCACCAGUACUACAGGGGAUGGUUCUGGGGUUAUGAAGAAACGCGGGGUCUGAAUGUCUCUUGCCUGUCUGUUCAAGGAUCUGGCUCUGUUGUAGCCCCCAUCCUUCUGAAGAAUACCUCAGCACAGUCAGUGAUGUUGGACAGAGCUGAAAACCUUCUUCAUGACCACUAUGGAGGGAAAGAUUAUUGGAAUACUCGUCGAAGUAUGGUAUUUGCUAAACAUCUCCGUGUAGCAGGAGAUGAGUUUAGAAACAAGUACCUUCAAUCCACAGACGAGGCAGACAGGACUCAUUACAAUGAGGACUGGACACAGAUGAAGGUUAAGAUGGGUACAGCUUUAGGUGGUCCGUACCUUGGGGUUCAUCUCAGAAGGAAAGAUUUCAUCUGGGGUCACAGAGAAGAUGUGCCUUCCCUGCAUGGAGCAGCAAAGAAAAUCCACAGCCUCUUGAAAACGCAUAACCUUGACAAAGUUUUCAUAGCCACUGAUGCUGUUGAGGAUGAGAUUGAAUUGCUCAAGAAACUGGUGCCUGAGAUGGUGAGGUUUGAACCUACUUGGGAGGAGCUAGAGCUGUACAAAGAUGGGGGAAUGGCUGUGAUUGACCAGUGGAUCUGUGCACAUGCUAGGUAUUUUAUAGGCACCUCAGUUUCAACAUUUUCCUUUCGGAUUCAUGAGGAAAGGGAGAUCUUGGGAUUUAAUCCAAAAACAACUUACAAUCGAUUUUGUGGUGAAAAAGAGAAAAACUGUGAGCAGCCAACUCACUGGAAAAUUGUAUAUUAGUAUGCAGAGAAAUCCAAAGACCUUAUACUGGUGAACUCAAAAGAAAAAGGAAAGUCUAUGGGGAAGAACAUCCCUUCAGAACUCAGUCCUCAGCUUUCUUCUAUGAUUCUUGCUGUUUACUUGAUGUUUGGGCUUUGAAACACAAGCAAUAUUUAUCCUCUUAUUCAGGCACUGAUGGGAGCAAGGAAAAUGAAGUUAUCCUUGGAUUCAGUUCUCAGUGUAACUGUGGUGACAGGACAAUACUGGACACUGCACUGGAGAUUUGAAAGGCAAAGCUUUGCUCCGAAAUAGUGAAUUAAGUCAAAGUUCUGUUUCUAGUUCUGGGGAAGGAGGGCAUCAAAGUUUAACAUCUACAAAUGUAACAUAACUACAGUCUGUACUGCAUUUCUGUCUUUACCUAAUUAUUUUUUGUUCAGCUCAGUGCUUGCCUCUGAUUGCAGAAACUACAGCUCAUCUACACUAUGUGAAGUUGUAGACUGUGCACAAACUGCAAUUCCCUGGGAAAAUCUUCCCUUUUCAAACAGCAAUUUGUCAACAUUCAAGUUUUUUGAUGCAAUCAGUACUCAGUAAUAAUUCUCUGUGAGAACCAGCUGCUUUUCCUAGCAAUCUCAGUGGGCCUGUACUAAGAGAGGCACCAAGAUUGGGUUUGUAUAGUGGUGAAAGAAACAAAGGAAGCUUUUCCUCAUCCUUCGAAGGGUCAAUUUAAUCUGACUGAUGCUCAUACCUUUUGGGUAUUACUCAGAUGUUCAACUAACGGAGACUAGUUACUAGACUGUGAUGCUUUGCUAGGGAACGUACUGAAAGGCCUUUCAUGCUUCCAUGUCAGUUAAAUGGAUCGUCUCACUAGUUCAAAGGAAUUUUUCCUGCAUUUCUGCUUUCAUUUUUCAAAAGGGAACAAAAUGAGGAAAAUAACAGAUAAUAAAGGUCAUUGGACCUCAUAAUAAUGUUUAUAGGCAAAGCAGAAAUCUUGUAGAUAGCACUGUGCUCUGAUGGAGAUGGCUGGUAGUACAUGGGAGGAGCACUGUGCUACACUACCAGUCAGAGAGAAAGUGCAGCUUCCAUUUGAGAAAUGUUUUGUAACUACCAAUUCUAGCUUGUGCAGUCUCUUGCUAUUCAGAAUUGUCUGGUGGAAGUAUUCUGCUGCAUUUUGUGCUUCAAAUGGAAUGUGUGUGGUUCUGUUAAGCAAGAUAAACUUUUUUCAAAAAUGGACCAGGAGAGAGAGGUUUCAAGAGGUGAGGCAGGCACUUUUCCUAAAUCCAAUUUUACUGGAUUGUUACUCCUCUGUUAGUGGACCUUCCACUUACUUUUUUCUUUGGUUUGAGUAGGGAUAUAGAUAGGACCCUUACACAGCAUGCACUGAGUAUUUCAUACGUGCUUCCAGACACUGAGGUUGUUUCUUCUGUGCAAUUGCAGUGAGGGUCAUGAAGACAUCUCAGACAGCAGUAGCUGCAGCUCUCCUAUUUUUACCAGCUGUUUAUUUUAUCUCUGUGCAGCAGCUGACUCUUACUUGUUAUUAAGUGAGGAACCAAGCAUUUCAAAGCAGUGCCUUUGCUCAUGAAGCUGUGUUCUUGUUUAUCCUGUGUGCCAUGUAAAGCGAUAGUGGCAUUUUACAUAUAAGAAGAACCUCAGUUCAUUAAGAAAAUAAAAAGCUUUCUAGCA